AAUCUAAAAAUAUAGUAAAUAAUCACAGAGGGUUGUCCUCAUCAUUCUAUGAAACGCAAGUUUACAUAUAAUAUUAAAUUCAAACUUAUUUUACUGUUUUAUAACAUACCCCAUUUCGUGUCACAGUUGUUGUGACAGUUGAUUGACAGUUCGACAGUUACAGUAUUUACUGCAUGUUAAGUUUUUACAUUUCAUAUGAUUUUAUUAUUUUUCAUUACUGUUUCCAAAGAAAAGCAAGAGCACGAUUCUUUGAAUAGUUAGAAUCUAAUCUUAACUUGAUUAGUUUAAUGUACAAUACAUGGUUUUGAGUGUCUGCUGGUUGUUGUCACUUAAUCGGCACAAAAAAACCAACAAAAUUCAUUGAUUAAAGAAAAGGUUAACUUUAAAAGUUUAACAUGAUACAAUCAGUUAAAUACACUUCCUGUGUUAUAAAUUCCACGUUUCGGAACUCAAUAAGACUGCGACACAAAUUAAAUAAAGCUAAAGACGAAAAACCACCUCCGAAAGUUGCCCAAGAUGUCAUGAACUACAUUGAAAAUACUCCUGAAUAUGCUGGUAUUAAAAAUCAGAUACCGAAGUUUCUUUUAAGGAAAUACAAGGCUCCUGAGAGUAUGUACCUUAUAAAUGAAGGCACUGCUAAAGAAAUCGUUCAGGCUGUAGAGAAAAACCUGAUUAUUCACUCUCCUAUAGUUGAAGUCAAUCCAGGAUUGGGAAUUUUGACUAAGGAAUUACUACAGUGCCAAAAAAGUAAUCUGUACAUGUAUGAAACUUCUAGUCAUUUUUCUCAAUAUCUAAAAGAGUUAGAAUCAAAUUAUCCUGAACGAGUGAAAUUAAAAAUAGCUGAUUUUUUUGGGAUGUGGAAGCUUGCGUUUCAAGAUAAGAUGGACCAAGGGAACAGAAUUCAAGAGUUAUUGGGUGAUUUGGCAACUGAUGAUCCUGAUAGAGUGGUUACAAUAGUGGGAUCAAUGCCUAGCCUGUCUUUUGUCAAACAUCUAAUAAACACCAUAGUGUUCCACAACACUACUAGCCAUCUAGGCAGACCGGACCUUUUCAUCACUAUGCCUGGACAUCACUAUGAAUUCCUAACGGACAAUGAGAUACAAAAUAGAAAGCAUAUGGCAGUACCAACUCUGUUUCAGCUUCUAUUUGAUUUCAAAAUACUUGCAAAUGUACCAAAAGUGCAUUUCCUACCAUGGACACAUCCGACAACCAACAAGAGGGUUACGCUGAUGGAUGAACAUCGCUUAUACUUGGUGAAUAUCUCCCAAAAACGAGAGCUGCCAGUUCCACCUGAGUAUUUGCCUCUGCUAUGGUAUUUUUUCAAGCCUCACAUGUUUUCCAAGUCUACAAGGGUGAUUCCAAUGUUAGAACAAUGGAUACCUGGUUGCGGCGUGUGGCUGAUCACGGGGCAGGAGCCGCCCGACAGCGACCGGCGGCUGGCGCCGGGCGCCGCCGACGCGCCGCUGCCGCACAUGACCAUAUUCACCGAGUUCGGAGACCUCAAUCUGAAGCAGAAAGUAACUGUCUUUAAAAAAUUAAUAUCAUGGCCGGAAUUCAAACAAUGCCCAUUCCGGGUAUCCAUGGAGAAUAAUCUACCAAAGUUCGUGACCGCAGUUGAAGACGACGAGAAAACCAGUAUAGGCACGCCCAUAGACGAUAUUGAAAGUUCAGAUACCGAAAACGAGACCUGAUUGAAUUUAAGCUUGUUGCACCGAACAUGCCCGUUAUCUUAAUAUGGUAUAUUCCAGGGAUCGUUCAAUUCUUUAGAAAAAGAGCCAAACACAGCAAAAAUCACUAACCCCCUUAUUCAUAAACGUGUACUAAAGUUACGAUGCCGCUGAUCAUCGUUUGUCCCUUUCCAUCAUACCAAUACGUCGGAAAGGGAUAAUAUGUAACUCAAAGAGUCACAAGUGUUGUUUUCAGUGGUCCAAGAACUUUCUUAGUGUUAUUUUUCUGUGUGGCUUAAAGAGCCCCAAUUUGUACCUUCAAACGAGCCGCGGUUUGCCGACCCCUGGUCUAUUCGAACAAAAAUGACGCUCACCACGAGGAAUGCCUGUUCCUAUCUUUAUCACCCGCGCGUAAUUAUAUUGCCCGCCCCUGAUGCCGCCUGUCAAUGACACUGCGCGAGCGGAACAGCAAUAUAACUAUUCGCGUACGAUAGAGAUAGAAACAGGCGGGUCAAUGGACGAUAUCCCUCGUGGUACGCGUCUUCGACAAUUUUCAGUCAUGUCAGACCUCAUUUUGGCCUAUUCGCCAUCAGAGUAGUUGAUUGUAGUUAGUAAAGAUGUUAAGUAUAGUUUGACAGCUGAGCUAGAUGGUGCUGUAUGGUUAUCGCAUAAUGUACGAAGCCGUAACGCCAUAUCUGUCAAACUCGAAGCACUAAGUCUAAUACGAGGGCAUUUCCAAAAGUUGUUAGUUGCUCCGGCUCUACUCAUGCGAUUAAAAUUUUAUUUAUACUAUUGUGAGGGAGUUUUCAGCACUUAUUAAAGUGGUGUAAAUACAUUUUUAGAAAACGCUUAUUUUUGUUUUUAUUUUAUUUUUACUUCGACGCGUCGAAGCCUAACCAUCAGUCAUGAAAAUCAGUAAUUGAGACUCCAUAUGUGCGUGCUGUCGUUUUAUAGACAGUUUUUGUAAAAAAAAACAAGUUUUUUUUUAGGUGCUUCUAAUGGCGAAUCUCGGCCGUUCUUUUACGUAAAUCGUUUUGAUUGAGUAAAUAUUAUUAUGAUUUAAUAGGUGUCAACAAUGAGUCCUUUCAUUAAAAGUAAAAAUUCUGAUAUUUAAAAAAAUAUAUAUAUGCAUAUAAGAUUAUUUAUUGAAUGUAGAAACAUUGUAAAUAGCAGAAGGAAGAUAAUAAUUAGUCCCGCGUAAAUUUAAGUUCGAUUUUCAAAGAUUUCAAUACGAAAUUCAUUUAAUUGUGCCCAAAAUUGCUGUUCUUUCUUAGCAAUUCAAGUCGAGUCAUGGGAGUUUUCUAUGUAUUUAAGUAUUUAUAAAUAUUGAUAUAUAUCGUUGUCUAGGUACCCUCAACACAAGCCUUAUUGAGCUUACUGUGGGACUUAGUCAAUCUGUGUAAUAAUGUCCUAUAAUAUUUAUUUAUUUAUAAUUCGUAACUCCAUACAAAACAGCUUUCACUUAGAAAUAUAUAUUAAAAAAACUAUUUGCAUUCAUUAAAAAAAUAUUGAUGGCCAUAAUAGCAUUGAAAUAUCCCUCACAAUAGUAUAAAUAAUUUUUUUAUCGCAUGAGUAGAGCCGGAGCAACUAACAACUUUUGGAUCAGGGGGCCUACCGCGUAAACCGAAAUUCGCAAAUUGCGGGGAUCUUUCUCUUUUACUCUUAGUAAGACGUCAUUAGAGUGACAGAGAAAAAUGUUCGCAAUUGACGAAUUUCGAUUUUCCCGGCAGCCGCCCAACUCUCGUACUUGGGUUAUACGCAUCGUAUACAAUCAAUUAAUCUUUGGUUGCCAGGUUGCCUCUUCAGGUCGCCACGUUAGACUACCGAGGGCCUACUGCGACCCACGUUCGACUUGUUGCCUCCCUGUCACACUUAUGUACAAAUUUACAAGUGCGACAGAGAGGCAACAGGUCGAACGUGGUUCGCGGUAGGUCCUUUGGACUAUUGUAAUUGUAACUUGCAGAUUUAUAAAAUGGAGCCUAAACGUCACCCUCAUAGUCUAGGCAAUAGAGUUCUUUGACUUAGGUCUUUAUUUUAACUUUGUUUACUGUUUGUUGGUCACUCGGUCGACGCGAAAUAUUAAAGAAUUUGUGAAGAAUUAGUAAAUAAAAAUAUAUACUUAUACUCAAUAA